AAAGAUUCUAAAAACAUUAUAAGUGAAGUGUUUUAUUUCCGAGAAAGGUUUGACGUGUAAUGUUCUCUUCCUUCUAGUCUUUCAACUCUUGCGAGUAGACCAAGAAAUCUAGAUAUAGCAAGAUAGUAUAAAUAAAUUGAAAAAUAUACUAUAUGCAUGCAUGAACUAUUGCGUCUUCAGUCUUCACGUUCAGAAACCAAUUCACGAUUGCCUCACCAACUUUGUUACGACCUCAUUUUUAAAUUUAAAAGCCUGUAAGAAAGCAACCUAGUAAGGCCUAUGAUAAAAGAGGUGAAGUGGGUUCAUUAACGGCCCAAAAUGAUAUUUCUUUUGAGCCCAUUAUUACAAAUCGGAACCGGAAUGCAAUUUACUUUCUGGUUUCUCCCUCUCUCUCUUCAUGCCAGAGUGACUGACUGCCUGUCAAACAAGUCUCUCUAAUUUCACAGCAGAAGCGUUGAAUCCCUUCGUCGUCGUCGUCUUCCUCGGAUCGACUCCAUUGUUGGGAUCCUGUUUAUUUCUCCUUCUUUGGAUCAGUUUCUCAAAACAAAGGCAUGUACACACACACACCCAAGUGAGCUUGUCUAGAAGGUGGUAAGAUCCACCUUUCAUAAGAGGUGGUUGAAGAGCUAAAUUUAGUCAACUUUGCUACACAGAACCUUCUAGGAAGCUUACCUCACUAGACAGCUUUGUAGACGGGUUAAAAGCCUGUGGUGAACAAUAUGAGGGGGUUUAUAUAGCUAUAACAUGGAGAUGGCUUUUCAUUCUGAGGACGAUAAGAGCGAAGACUACCUCUUUAAGAUUGUUCUAAUAGGUGAUUCCGCAGUUGGGAAGUCAAACUUGCUGGCGAGAUUUGCUAGGGAUGAGUUCUAUCCCAACUCAAAGUCUACCAUUGGAGUGGAGUUUCAGACGCAGAAGAUUGAUAUCAACGGAAAAGAGAUCAAAGCGCAGAUAUGGGACACGGCAGGCCAAGAACGUUUUCGAGCAGUCACUUCAGCUUAUUACAGAGGUGCUGUUGGAGCUCUACUGGUUUACGACAUCAGCAGAAAGCAGACCUUUCACAGCAUUGGUAGAUGGCUCAACGAGCUUCACACACACUCUGAUAUGAACGUUGUGACGAUCUUGGUGGGGAACAAGUCGGAUCUUAAGGACAUAAGAGAAGUGCCAACAGCGGAAGGGAAGGCGUUAGCGGAAGCUCAGGGGCUUUUCUUUAUGGAGACAUCGGCUCUGGACUCGUCAAACGUGGCGGCUGCGUUCGAGACUGUUGUGAAGGAGAUUUACAACAUAUUGAGCAGGAAAGUGAUGAGCUCACAGGAGUUGAACAAGCAAGAUCCUCCUGCCUCGCUCAGCAAUGGCAAGAAAGUUGUGAUUCCAUCCGAGGCACAGGGGGAGGCUAAGAAAGGUGGGUGUUGUUCUACGUGAUUAGAAACACUGAAAACUGUAGAGAGCUUCAAAAAAGGAAGAUUGAUUUUGGUCUCUUUAAUUGUUACUUUGUCCAUGUUUGAGCUGCUUUUGUGUUGUGGUGUGGAUGUGUUUAGGUGUAGCAAUCUGUAAAUUCUCCAUUGCAGAAGCUUUUUAUGUAAACAUCUCUAUAAAGUUUUUACCACUUUUUUGUUGUUCAACUAGACGGAUUGUCAUGAUGAUGAUGAUGAUGUUCACUCUUCUCUUAUUGUAACCAAGGAUUGAAACUUCACGAUAGAAUCUUGAUUGCCGAUUGGUAAUCACCAGAAGUCUCUUUUUUUUUUAUAUAUAAACGAUUUUAAAGUGUAAAUAAAAUAGUAUGAUGUGUGAAUA